AUGCCUGGGGUAGAAAUUGAUCGAUCUACCUUAUGGAAGAAAGCUAGACAGGACAAACAUGGUAACAUCCCGGAUCCAAAGGUGGCAGAGAAAGCAAAAUUAAUUGAUGAAUUGCAAAAACAAGUGGCUGAAGGCAGUCUUAGUUUAACUGGCAGUAAUGAUGUGUUGACCUUGGCUUUGGGUCCCGAGCAUCCAGGGAGAGUAAGAGGGGUAGGUGCUGGGAUUUCCCCUAGGAAAUUCUUCAAUUUACCUAGACCACAGAGGGUAAAGUUUGCCGAUCAAUUGAAGGAAAGUGUAAGAAUUGUCCUUCAAGAAGAGACUAAGAAGAUGGAAGCUAGAUCAGGGAAGGCUUUAAGGAUGGAGGCUAGAACCAAACAAUUGGUAGAGGCUGAGAGGGAACAUUUACUAAGUCAGCUUUCCCACCUCAUCCCCAAUUUUGAUCCAAGCAUGCUUAAACCGAAAACUAGCCCCUGUCAAAACCAAGGUCUAGAGCAAAGUCCCAAAAAUCCAAUGUCUGAUAAAGCAAGCUGUUCUGGGGCUGAUGUGAGAUCCCUACAUUUAGAGGAUGAUACUGCCAAAAAUGGGGAACAGCAGGAAGAAACGAUAAUCAAGAUGAAGAGAAGAAAGAAGAAAAAAAAGAUGAAGAGAAGAUGGGAGAAAAAAAAGAUGAAGGGAAGAAGGAAGAAAAAAAGAGAGAAAAAAGAUGAAGGCAAAAAGGAAGACACAAAUGAUGAAGAGAAGAAAGAAGAAAAACAAGAUGAAGAAAAGCAUGACGAGGAGGGUAAUGAAGUAGUUGAUUAUUCAAAUGUGGAGGUGCCAUCUUCCUUACAAUCCCUUUGUCGUUAUGUGGAAACGACACUAAAGCCACAGGGGAAGAUCAUGACCUUCAACAUUGAGAAGGAGGUGUUUGGUGCAGAUCGAGGUACCUUCGUCUUGCAUGAAGAUAUUACACAGUUUGCAGGCAUGGAAGAAAUUGGGGCUACUGUGGUUGCAGUAUAUAUGAGGUGCUUAUAUGAUCUUUUGAGAGAAGCAAAUAUGUGCAGCAUGGUUGGCUUUAUCGACCCUGCUCAAGUUAGUGCCAACGCUGGGUCACUAACUGACAGAUCACGAAUUGUAGCCAGUCGACUUCAGAAAACAGAUGGUGAACAAAUUUUCAUGAUGCCUUACAAUCCAGGCCGUCAUUGGGUCUUGCUGAUUGUGAGAGCAAAGAGGGAAACCGUCUAUUUUCUGGAUCCUCUGCCUGGAAAUCGUGUGGUUGAUGAGGAGGGCAAAAACAUCGUGAACAGUGCUUUAAAAAUUUAUAAUUCCCACAUAGGCAGACCAGGCCGUAAAGCACCAAUUUGGAAAACUCUGCCAGGCACACCAAAGCAACCCAGCAGUGUCGAAUGCGGGUAUUAUGUGAUGCGCUUCAUGAGGGACAUCAUCAUGGAUCCUUCCUUGGAGUUUGAGAAGAAGUUUGCCAAGGGAAAAGAUCAAGCGCCAUACCCCCAAGCAGCCAUUGAUGAAGUCCGGAAAGAAUGGGCAGAGUUUGUUUGCCUUCAUAUGGAAUAG